GGGCCAUUAUAGCCGUGCGCCUGCGCGUUGUGCCUAACAAAUCUUUCAGGUACCGGUGGAGACGAAUGGUCGACUAUACGCGUAUUUGGGGACGAGAAAAACAUAAAUCUCCCUAAACAGACCCGCAGGAAUCAUGGGGAGUGUGUUCCUGCCAGCAGAAGCAGCCCACUCAGUGCUGCGGAGGCUGCGCAGGGCCAACUUCUUUCUGGAGGAGAUGAAGCAGGGUAACAUACAGAGGGAGUGCCGGGAGGAGACCUGCACCUAUGAGGAGGCCCGGGAAGCUUUUGAGAAUGAAGAGAAGACGAAACGUUUCUGGGAAGAAUAUGUGCGUGAAAGCAGUCCGCCUGGAGGGCUGGAGUCAACGGUGGGCGGAAUCCACUCUCUCUACUUGAUCGUGCCAUUGCUGCUGGUUGUGGCCAUCAUCGCUGCCGUCGCCAUCAUUGUGUGGCGCUGCCACUCCCGCAAACGCUCACAGCGCAGCCCCAGCAUGGGACAUUCGCAUCACAACCACGUCUUGUCGGUGGUCUCUAUGGACCACUGGGGGAGGGAUUACCACGGAGAUCAGUCAGAACUCAGCAUCCACAGCAGCCCGGCGUAUCCAGGCUCAGAGAUUACAUCAGGGCGAGGAAGCGCUGGCGACCCGCCGCCAUCUUACGAGGAGGCUGUGGGCCAUACAGACGUCCAAAUAGAGACGGAGCCACCCCCACAGUAUGACGAUAUAGUCAACAACAGUUCUGCUAGUGUCAACGGUGGCCAAGGGAAGUGAAUGUGUUUUUUAACCACCACCCUAAUGAAAGUCAUAACCCACACUAAGACCAUCUUAUUGUUUAGAAGUGCCACUGCUGUGGUUUCACCAGCCUUCCCCAUUCAACAUAUAUAACAAACACUAAUAACUGUUGGGCCAGUGGAUGCAAUGAUUAUUGCUGAGAAGAAAAGGGAAGAAAAACAAAAAGAAAAUGGCAAUAACCUCAUGGCAAUGAAGUGAUAGCAAGAAGAAGGAAGUGAUGGUGCAGUACCAAAACCAGGCAAUACACUGCUGCAUUUCCUUAUACUGUAUCAGCUACAGUAACAAAUUCACUCAGUAAGCAUAGCAUAUGUUGCAUGUGGAACGAAGGAAAAAUGAUUUGUGUUAAGUGUAUACAGGUGUUGGACUGAUGCUUUAGUGAAGGUUGGUACUAAUUUGUAGCUUUAAGAUAGCUCUGGUACAAUGCAUCAAAUGGUAACAUUUAUGUUAAUAUUGUACAGGGUCCCUUUGUAAAUAAAUUAAAGACCCGAGCAGUCAAUGUCAGCUAUUUUGUACCUAAUUUUUAUUUUUAAUUCGAAUACUUUGUUGUCCAAAAAAAGUUUGUUUUUCAUCUUAAAGCUUUGCAAAAUUUUACAUCAUGACUAAAUCAUGGAAGUAUCAGAGAAUUUAACUUGCAAAAGGAAAUUAUUCUCCCAUUUACUUCAGCUUUUUGUGGUGGGCAGGUAGCCUGCAGGUGGCUUGUAUGAGGGUUUUACCCGUAAAUAGAUAAUAUGCCUUUUAAACAUGUUAAAAUGGGUAACUUGCCAAACCAAAGCAGCGGUCCAUCUUCAGUAUACACUUUUGAAUGUUUUUUGUACUGAAGUUUAAGCUAAGGACACCAGUUAUGAAAGGGUCACUGUUUUGUAUAUGUGUCACGAGCUUUUAUUCUGGUAAUGCAUGUAGUUCAGCCUGUCCUCACGAGGUUAGAGCUGUCUCUGCAUUGUUUAAUGCUCAGGGCUCACCGGCCCAGGACCACUGGUGGGUCGCUGACAGCUGCUCAGAGCCCGCUUUAACUGUGACACCCCCCCCCACCACCACCCCACCAGCAAAUGUACGUUCUGGAUGUGACGCUGUAGCUGUGCUACUUUUACUAACGGUGGAGUGACUUGCACAUGAAUGUGGGACAGAAAGCAGUAGAGAGAGGAGCUUUGGGGUGGGGAAAGGGUUAUCAGGGGAAGGUGGGGAGAUUCUGUAUUUAACAUCACUAUGGAUAAAGUCUGUGUUUAGCAUGUGUAUCUAUGUAAAUGUGUGUAGACUGUGUGCAAACAUUACAGUAAGGCUGAUUUUUUUAAAUUUUUUUUUUAUAUAUAUAUACACAGAAUUAAAAAGGCAGUGAAUGCAUUGGUGUUUAUGUAACCAUAGAAUAGUGGGUUGUGAAUUAAUGAGGAUACUUUGUGUUCAACUUAAACUGAGCUGUUUAAUGAAAAGUAGGACAGUCUGGUUUCACAUUUGCUGUGUCACUCAGCAGUAACAAUGACAUCGUAAUCUGAAAAGUGCUCAGUCUAUAUGCAAUGCUGCUGCAUACACUCUAAAACCAAAUAGAUUUCCACUAAUACUGAUAAAUGUCACACAGUUCCUUUCCAGACAUAGCAGACUUUGAGCACUGUACUUUUGUGACUUGACCUGUGAACCUCAGCACUUGGUAUGACACCGAGCUGAGUCGUGCUGGUAGAGGUAGCCGUUUUGGUUGCACUUGUUGUACUGCUACUUACAGAACCCUGUUUUUACAAUGCCUUAUCAAACAAAAAGCAUUAUAUAACACUAAAAGCAAGGGAGCUUGUUAUAAAUCUUUCACUUGUGCAAAAGCUUGAAUUAAUUUGUAAUAAAAUAUUUAAAAAUGUGCUACA